UAACACAAGUGCCAGCCAACCGCUCUAAAUAUAAAAGGCUGAUUUUGAAAACAUACAAUUAAUUUGCAAACAUGUCGCUACACAGAUUUACAAAUACUUUUAGACUGGCAACCAGAGUAGCUGUCAUGCAGCCCCAUCGCAACAAAACACACAGCAGCAGCGCUCAGGCCGCUAGCGAUGUGGCCGCCAAGUUCAAAACUCUGGCCAUCAGUUCGCCCAAGCCCUUCGUCUUCCAUGUGGAGCUGAAUCGACCCAAGCAGCUCAAUGCGAUCAACAGGGAUAUGUGGCUCGAGAUCAAAGACUGCUUCGAAACGCUGGCCAUAAAUCCGGAUUGUCGCACCAUUGUUCUGUCCGCGGCUGGCAAGCAUUUCUGUGCCGGCAUCGAUUUGACAUCUAUGAUGAACAUGGGCCAGCAGCUGGCCGAUUGCGAGGAUGUGGCACGCAAGGGCGUUGUCCUGGAGCGCACCAUUAAGCUCUAUCAGGACUCGAUUAGCGCUGUCGAGCGUUGUCCCAAGCCCGUCAUCAUGGCCGUGCAUCAGGCGUGCAUUGGUGCCGGCGUCGAUCUAAUUACCGCCGCGGACAUACGCUACAGUACACAGGAUGCCUUCUUCCAGGUCAAGGAGGUCGACAUUGGCAUGGCCGCCGAUGUUGGCUCGCUGCAGCGUCUGCCCAAGGCAAUUGGCAGCCAGUCGCUGGCUCGCGAACUAUGCUACACGGGUCGUCGCUUUGAGGCCGCCGAGGCCGAGCGCAGCGGUCUGGUCAGUCGCGUAUUUCCCGACAAGGACUCUUUGGUGGUCGGCGCCCUCGCCCUGGCCGAGGAUAUUGCCAGCAAAAGUCCCAUCGCCGUCCAGACGACCAAGGAGAGCAUGGUCUAUUCACUGGAGCAUACCAAUCAGGAGGGACUCGAUCACAUUCGUAUUAUCAACAAGCUGUAUCUGCAAUCCGAGGACUUUGCCCAGGCGGUAGGCGCCCAGCUCACCAAAGACGAGAAGCCCGUGUUUGCCAAGCUUUAAGAGAUUCUUAUUUAUGAACUUGAACAAUUAAAUGUAUUUUGUUCUUUA